AUGUUGAGCGUUAUCAGACCCGCGAAGCAUAUCGCCACAUCACUCCGAGCUGGUGUAUCGAGAAGUGCGAGGGACAGAGCUGUGGGAAGCGUUUCCACGUACACUCUGCUUCCGAGAUGGCAUGAACCAGGCAUCAGGCGCUUUGGGCGCUCAGUAAAAAGAUGGCAAGAGACGAAAGCAGAGGGGGCAUUGGGAGAAUUGGUACAGAAUGCCGCUCUAGUUGAGCAUGAUAAUUUUGCGUUCGCGAAGACGCUGCCAGUUGUAUGCCCUGGAUGCGGCGCUCUGAGCCAAACGAUCGAACCCGAGUCACCAGGCUUCUACAGCCGGAAGAAACGCAAUGUCAAGACGACACAAAAGAGCGAUGAGGACAAGAUCUUUCAAGAAGCCAUGGCCAGGAUUGAAAGUUUGGAGCAGCACCAGCCAGCACAACAAGAGACUGAACAGGAGCCAGAGAGCAAUCGAGCGAAUCUGAUAUGCGAUCGAUGUCACGAUCUCAUAUACCAGUCUAAGGGCUCAUCGAUACUCCAUCCAUCAAUGCAAUCGAUCCAGGACAUCAUCGAAUCGAGUCCUCACAAGCACAACCACAUCUACCACGUCCUCGACGCUGCCGAUUUUCCGAUGUCGCUCAUUCCAAACUUGAUGUCCGCUCUGAAGUUGCCUCGUCUGCGCACACAAAAUCGGCGCUCCAAGAGUAUACAAUACGCCCGAGAUCGAGUUGCGGAUAUAUCUUUUAUCAUUACGAGAUGCGACCUUUUGGCUCCUAAGAAAGAGCAGGUUGAUCGACUCAUGCCGUACAUGCAAGAAGUUUUGCGAGACGCGCUCGGCCGGACUGGACGAAACGUUCGGCUGGGCAACGUGAGGUGCGUCAGUGCGAAGCGUGGGUGGUGGACGCCGCAGGUCAAGGAAGAGAUCUGGAAGAGGGGCGGUGCGGGCUGGGUUGUGGGCAAGGUCAACGUUGGCAAAAGCGCACUAUUCGAGGUUGUCUUUCCUAAAGGUCGGAACUUUGACGCUGUUGAGACUGCGAGAACCACAGCCUUGGGCACUUCAAAUGCUUCACACGAGCAGAUUGAGGGUGUUGCUAAUUCGGCCAAGUUCACCCCGUUCAACGAUGAAGGCCUAGCUCAAAUCAACUCAGCCCUGUCUGAAGAUGCCACGGAAGACCAGGGAGUAGUGGAUGAAGGAGAAACAGCCCAACGACAACAAACACCCGAGGAAGACGACGAAUUGGACGAUGAUAGCGAUCUGAUGCUUCUCCCCCCUGCGCAGCCCGAGACCCAGUACCCUCAGAUGCCCAUCGUUUCUUCCCUCCCUGGUACCACUGCUUCUCCAAUACGUAUCCCGUUCGGCAAUGGCAAGGGAGAGCUCAUCGAUCUUCCCGGUGUUCAGAGGAGUUCACUUGAAACCCAUGUUGCCCCUGAGCACAGAUCAUCUCUUGUCAUGAAGAGCAGGAUUGUGCCGGAACAAUACUCGCUCAAACCAGGACAAUCGCUUUUGAUCGGCGGCAUCGUGAGAAUCACGCCCAAAACUGAUGAACUUGUCUUCUUGGCAUAUCCGUUUACACCUCUGCACCCUCACGCAACCGGCAACCACAAGGCCGUUGCGAUUCAGACUGGUGUUAACGAAGAUGGCACGCCUUACACUGGUACCGUUGAAAACAUCGGCACGGAUACAGCAAAAACGCGCAUCAAGAGCGCGGGCACCUAUACGCUGGAAUGGGACGUCACCAAGAGGCGUGCAGGGCCAGUGACCGAUAAACAAGCAGGAAAGCAGAAGGCAGAGAAUUUACCCUUCGUCGUGUACGGCGCCGACAUCUUGAUCGAAGGCGUUGGAUGGGUUGAGCUGGUCUGCCAAGUUCGCAAUAGACGUAAAAGUCUCAUAUCUGAUGCAUUGGGCGUGGAAUUUGGGACAACCGAUCAACCUGUGAACGCGAAGCCUCAAGUCGAAGUCUUUACCCCCAAGGGCAAAUUCAUUGGCAUCAGAAGGCCUAUGAACGCCUGGUUGGAUGGCGGCCCCAAGAAGGUCGCGAAACACGCACGGAAAUCACGACCACGCAUGACCAUCUCGAUGCAGAGAAGAAAGGAGGGGGGCAAGAAAGGAGGCCAAGCAGCCAACGCCGUACUAUCAUGA